UAGUUUGGCAUCUGUGUUUAAGAGCUCACUGAGGUGAGCUUCCAAACCUGACAGCCCAGGAGCAGGUCAGUCAGGUUCCUUGGGUGCUCCAUUUCAUGGGCAAGAGAUAGUUGCACCUAAUUUGGUUUCUCUGGCACGUUCCUCCUGGAGAACGGAAGCCUCUCCUUCAGCAUCUGUUAGCAGACGUUCCACAGGACUCAGAGUGAUACAAUAAAAAAAUAAAAAUAACAAAGGAGCAGUGCUCCCUCAAGGAGUCAAAAAUGUCUUCCAGAAUCCUGGUGAUGUUAAUUUUGGCUAGUUUCUUGGUAGCCAGUGACCAGGCUAGCCAAAAUCCAGAGUUAUUAGAGAUCUCAACAGAAUUUUCCACUGAUUCUUCAAUGCAUUCUGGGGAUGAAAUCAUUAUGGAUUCAAAUAAAAUGAGUACAGAUUUUCCUGAAGGCUCUGUUGAAGCAUCCACUGAAAUGGACAGCUUGUCUGGGAUGGAUUCUUUUGAAGCAUCCAGUGAAAUUGACAUUUCUUCUGGGAUGGAUUCUUUUGAAGCAUCCAGUGAAACUGACAUUUCUUCUGGGAUGGAUUCUAUUGAAGCAUCCACUGACGUUGAUGUUUCCCCUGAGACAGAUUCUAUUGAAGAACACCUUGACAUUGAUGCUUUAUCUGGGUUAGAAGAGAUUGAAGGAGCAAUGCCAAAUGAACAAUUUCAUGACUUGAACUCUACAGCAACUGCCACCACUGAGUCUAGUUUCAUGGCAGGAUUCCCUGAUUCUUCAAGCCAUGAUGAAACCAAAGCAUCUCCCCGAACUGAAGAUUCUAUUGAAGCAUCUGUUGAAAUUAGCAUUCCUUCUGGGAUGGAUUCUUUUGAAGCAUCCAGUGAAACUGAUGUUUUUUCUGGGAUGGAUUCUUUUGAAGCUUCCACUGAAACUGACAUUCCUUCUGGGAUGGAUUCUUUUGAAGCUUCCACUGAAACUGACAUUUUUUCUGGGAUACAUUUUUUUGAAGCAUCCAGUGAAACUGACAUUUCUUCUGGGAUGGAUUCUAUUGAAGCAUCCACUGACGUUGAUGUUUCUUCCCCUGAGACAGAUUCUAUUGAAGAAUACCUUGACAUUGAUGCUUUAUCUGGGUUAAAAGAGAUUGAAGGAGCAAUGCCAAGUGAACAAUUUCAUGACUUGUACUCUACAGCAACUGCCAUCACUGAAUCUAGUUUCAUGGCAGGAUUCCCUGAUUCUUCAAGCCAUGAUGAAACCAAAGCAUCUCCCCUAACUGAAGAUUCUAUUGAAGCAUCUGUUGAAAUUAGCAUUCCUUCUGGGAUGGAUUCUUUUGAAGCAUCCAGUGAAACUGAUAUUUUUUCUGGGAUGGAUUCUUUUGAAGCUUCCACUGAAACUGACAUUUCUUCUGGGAUGGAUUCUUUUGAAGCAUCCAGUGAAACUGACAUUUCUUCUGGGAUGGAUUCUAUUGAAGCAUCCACUGACGUUGAUGUUUCCCCUGAGACAGAUUCUAUUGAAGAAUACCUUGACAUUGAUGCUUUAUCUGGGUUAGAAGAGAUUGAAGGAGCAAUGCCAAAUGAACAAUUUCAUGACUUGAACUCUACAGCAACUGCCACCACUGAGUCUAGUUUCAUGGCAGGAUUCCCUGAUUCUUCAAGCCAUGAUGAAACCAAAGCAUCUCCCCUAACUGAAGAUUCUAUUGAAGCAUCUGUUGAAAUUAGCAUUCCUUCUGGGAUGGAUUCUUUUGAAGCAUCCAGUGAAACUGAUAUUUUUUCUGGGAUGGAUUCUUUUGAAGCUUCCAGUGAAACCGACAUUUCUUCUGGGAUGGAUUCUUUUAAAGCAUCCAGUGAAACUGAUAUUUCUUCUGGGAUGGAUUCUUUUGAGGCAUCCAGUGAAACUGACAUUUCUUCUGGGAUGGAUUCUUUUGAAGCAUCCAGGGAAACUGACAUUUCUUCUGGGAUGGAUUCUUUUGAAGCUUCCACUGAAACUGACAUUUCUUCUGGGAUGGAUUCUUUUGAAGCAUCCAGUGAAACUGACAUUUCUUCUGGGAUGGAUUCUAUUGAAGCAUCCACUGACAUUGAUGUUUCCCCUGAGACAGAUUCUAUUGAAGACAUUGCUGUUUUAUCUGGGUUAGAAGAGAUUGAAGGAGCAAUGCCAAAUGAACAAUUUCAUGACUUGAACUCUACAGCAACUGCCACCACUGAGUCUAGUUUCAUGGCAGGAAUCCCUGAUUCUUCAAGCCAUGAUGAAACCAAAGCAUCUCCUCUAACUGAAGAUUCUAUUGAAGUAUCCGUUGAAAUUGACAUUCCAUCUGGGAUGGAUACUUUUGAAGCAUCCAGUGAAACUGACAUUUCUUCUGGGAUGGAUUCUUUUGAAGCAUCCACUGAAACUGACAUUUCUUCUUCUGGGAUGGAUUCUUCUGAAGUAUCCAUUGAAACUGACAUUUCCUCUGGAUCAGAAGAGGCCAAUGAAGGUUCCACCUCCACUGAAUCUUCCUCUGAAACUGACAUUUUCUCUGGAUCAGAAGAGGACAAAAUGUCAAACACCAAUGAAGUUUCCACUGAAUCUUUCAUUGAAACUGACAUUUUCUCUGGAUCAGAAGAGGACAAAAUGUUAAAUACCAAUGAAGGUUCCAUCAAAUCUUUCACCGAAACUGACAUUUUCUCUGGAUCAGAAGAAGACAAAAUGUCAAACACCAAUGAAGGUUCCACUGAAUCUUUCACCAAAACUGACAUUUCCUCUGGCUCUGAAGAGGUCAAAGUGGUAGAGUCUCCAGCAAUCCCCACCAUUAAGUCUAAUCUUUUCCUAGAGGUCGCCAAGGAAAUCAUUGCUUCUUUUGAUGACAAUGCAUUCAUAGAAUCUUUGAAGCCCAGAGAAUCUUUUAAGCUCAAUACAACCCCAGCUUCCAUCCAGAAUCCAACAUCAGUCAGCCUUACUGACAAAGAGCCUACCAACAGUAAUGAUUUUGUUGACUCAAGAGAGUCUCUAGAUAUACUAGAAAAACAUGUUGCAGAUGCUUCCAAAAUCUCAAAACUUGUGUCAAACACUGAACCUCAAGAAAAGAAAACAAAUUUUGGAAUAUUAUUUGGUGUCUCUCUCGGAGCCAGUGUAGGAGCUGCAUUGCUUGCAACUGUUGUCUUCCUGUUGUACAGGAAGAGGAAAAAUGACUUGUUUGCCCGCAAGAGGUUUUUUGAUGACAAAAACGAGCCAGAAAUCGACAACUCGUCUCCUGUACUGCCAACCUACUGUCCUUAAUGACUCCCUCCUCCGGACCACGAUUUUGAGAAGGACCCAGCUGUGCUUCAUCUCACUCUUGCCUGUACUCUAACUUCUCUUUGCUCCUUCAUUACUCCUUCCUGUUACCAUCUUUCCUUCUCCCCACCUACUAGAGCUGUCUUCUGCUUAGCAUGUAAGCUCCUUGAGGGCAGUGAUUGUCAUCAUUGUGUUUGUAUCCCUAGUGCUUAGCACAUUAGCUGUCACAGAAAAAUUGUUUAAGGUAAAUGCCUUAUCUAUUCCACCUAUGAAAUAUCUCCAAAGAAUAUGGGAAUAUUGUAGUCUCUCAGCAACAAAGAUAAGACAAAGCUUUAUUUUCAUCUAGUACACCUCUAAAGAUUGGACCACCAUGGCCCGUCUCUCUAGUCCUCAGGAAGAUAGGGGCUGAGAGCGGAAUCUGUCAAUGUGCUCUUAUCUAUCUCUACAGAUUCUCAAGGAAUAUACAUCCCAGCCACUCUUGGAAUUAUAAUCUAAAUUCAGAUGUAAACAUGUGUCUUCUGCAAUAUCCAUACAAUGGAAUGGUAAACCACUCUGAAAACAAUAAAAUAAUAAAAGAUUCCCUUUUUUUACGUAAUAAACUAUUUUGAACUAGA